CUUUGUUUAUCCGGUUCUAUUUUUGACUUACAUCAAAAUCGUAAAAAACAUGUUUAGUUCCAAAAAUGAGCAACAUAACUAGCGAGGACUGUGACAAUAGUUCUAGACAAUCAAGAAAGAAAGGAGAGAAACUUAGACGUGACAAAUUAAAUACACUAUUUGCACAGUUAGCUGAAGAAAAUCCAUGGAGUGCCAAGUCAGAGAAAAGAGUUGACAAAGCAGCAAUAUUAAGAUUGACAGUCAGCUAUCUAAAAUUUCAUCAUGGGAUAAAGAAAUUGAAAGUAUCUGAUGGUAAAAAGUCAUCACAUUUAAACAGUAACAGCAUACUAGCAUGUUUACAAAAGGCAUUAAAGGGUUUCAUGAUUGUUGUAUCAGAAAAAGAGGUUAUUGUUUUUGUGUCAUCAUCAAUAACCAAAAUAUUAGGAUUACAUCAGGUUGAUAUGGUGGGAUCUGACCUGAGUAAAUUUGUUCACCCUGAUGACCUAGAUUUAUUUAGAAAGCAGCUCAAUGAUUCAAAUGAGGAUUUAGGUCAUACCAUGAACGAUUCCCUUAUGAAACCAAAUGGAAAUCUAUAUACAGGGUUCAAUUCAUCAGUUUCUAUCGAGAGAUCUUUUUAUGUAAGAAUGUUGAAAGCAUUAGACAAAAAUGAAACAGAAAAACAAUAUGAGAUGGUUCAUUUCAAAGGCCAAAUAAAGGUCAAUAAGAUUGAUGGAAAUGACUGCUCAGAAUCUGGAGUUAUUGAUAACAGAUGGUUAAUAGCAGUGGGACAACCUAAUAAGCUUGAAAUUAUAAAUGAAGUACCCACACUUUAUGCCAAAGAAGAUGAAUUUGUUAUGCAGUUUGAUUUAAAAGGAAGCAUAAUGUUUACUGACCACAGGUCAGCCAUAGUCUUGUGUGCAUUACCAAACCAAAAAGUUGGAACAUCUUGUUACGAUGGUAUACUUAAAGAUGAUUUACCCGCUGUGGCUCAUGCCCAUACACAAAUUAUGAAGUCACCUAUGACUACAACAGUUUUCCGUGUAAGAAUUAAUGGAGAUAGAGUACAGUAUUUAAUGUCAAGGUCGAUUAUAGCUAGAGACAGUUGGACAAAUAAACCAAAAUACAUAGUCAGUUUAAACAUAGCUUUAAGCAAAGAAGAAGGUGACAAACUGUUGGAAAAACAACGGCAGGAACUUGAAGAAUAUUCUAUUACAGCAGGUGAAAACAAAGAAGUGGGAAAUGAAAGCUGUAAAGAUUUAAAGGUUAGUCAACUAAGCAUUGAUGUCAGAGCUAAUGAAAAUAAAACGUCUGAAACUGAUAAACCAAAGGUGCGAAUGAGUGACAAAUUAAAUAUUUUAUUGGAAAAUAUUGUGAACAAAAAUUCUUAUUCAUUUGGAUGUGAGACGUUAAGCAGGAAGUUUGAUUCCGUGGAAGAUACAGUGUCGCCAUCGCCAUAUGUGUGUAGUAAUGAUGAAGUAAACCCAUUGAAAAGAAAUCUACCCCUGGAUUUCAAUAAUGAAAAUAGUAAUAUCUUGCAUGAGAUAGGGGCUGAUUCUAUUGGUACGAGUUCCAACCAGAAAGAAGAAUUGUUACUCAAUAAUGAAGUAAGUGCCGACAUUAAUUUAACAUCGUUUCUAAACAAUAUGGAUAUGUCUAAAUCUCCUCCUUUUAACGGACAUAGUUUUCAAAACUGUGACAGUAAAUUUAUUCCGAAGAGAAAAUUCCACUUAAAUCAUGUAAAUGGGGAUGCAGAAAUGUUAGCAAGGUCAUCAUACGAAUCACCUCAUAAAAAUAAUGGUUGCAACACAAAGACUUCAUUCACAAACUCAUUCGGCAAUAAUCAUUUACCGAAUUUGAAUACAUUUCAUCCAUAUCAUAGGGACAUGUUAGCCACGAAAGCAUUCCAAGGAACAAAUGAUUGUGUUCGAUCAUUUCAAAAUGACAUACAGUUGCAGCAGUUUCAUUCUCAAAUGAUGCCAUUAUCAUUUCCACAUACACUCAACGGAGGAAGUAUGCACCAGUCGGCAGGAUUGACAUCUUCAAAUCGAGUAUAUUCUUCCAAUAUGUAUCCAAUUCCUGAUUAUUCCAGUGGUAAUGUCAGUACUUCAUUGACUGGUCCACAAUCAUACAACAGUGUAAUUAAUCAAUUACCACCAGCUGGCAAUAGACCACCCUUUGGUCAUGAACUUAACAGGGGACCACAAAAAAACUACGGGUAUCCAUAUUUUGGGGUAGAGUCUAUGGUGAACGAAUCACAGUCACAGGGCUAUGGUUUAUUUGACAAGGAAAGUAACAGGAACAAUUCCAUUUCCAAAACUAACGUGACAAAUGUUGACGAGGAGUCAUUCGAUAAGUUUCCAUAUGAUCCAACAUUAUUUGGAAAUAAACCUAUCAGGGUAACAGAUUAUUUAGAAUUGGAAGAGGGUAAUUCGUACCAUAACUUUGGAAGCCAUCCAGGAUUCCCACAAGAUAAACUCAAAUAUACAAAUUUAGAUGCUCAUGCUCAACAGAGGGUCGAUGACUGCUCUUCAGAUGAAGACGCUAGGUUGUCAAGAAAAUGUAAUGUUCCUGGUAGAUGGAGUGAUGACUCCGAUAAUUCAUGUAAAGUAAAGGUACAGAGUCCUACAGUUGAUUCAGUUACAAGUCCAAGUGAUUCAAAAAAGAUAGAUGAAAAAGAACUACAGAUUCAAUAUAAACUCUCCCAACAACUUCAUUCUAAACAGAAUCUGAUUGGAAAUAAUCUGACCAAUCAGAGAGAAGAACUCAACAUGCUCAAGGUGCAGCUUAAAGAAAAAGGAAACGUCAGCACCCAAUGCUUGGAACUGUUACAACGUUUACAUAAUUUAGAGAAGGAAGUCCAAGAACAAGACAGCAUUUUAACAGAUCUCAAAGAGCAGUCAUGCAUGAAAAUGAAGCAGUUGGUGUCACAAGAAUGAUAAAAGUCAAAGAUCAUAUUUGAUGCCAUUCAGAUGAUAUUUCUACAAAAGCCAUAACAUUAUUUUGUUGAUAUUCUAGUAAUCAAAUUAGACUAAGAUCAAGAAAUUGUGCAAUAUUUUUUUAUGAGGCAUGCAAAACAUUUUUUGACAUUAAUCCAGGCACAUUGCAUUAAAUGCAAAAAAAUAAUACAAGACAUCAUGAUUAUAAUAAUUUUACACUGU